AUGAAUUACUAUACUCAGAAAGUUACAAACAGGGCAAAUAAUAGAAACGAUAAUGAUGAAUUAAAUAAUAAUCAUGUUGAUAAUAAAGUAACUAAUCCAUUUAUAAAUAAAAAGAUAUACGAAAAUACUUAUCAAAAAUCGGAUAGUACAGUCCUGAAUGCCCCAUUUGAGGGCACUACUACCAAUUUUAGCAAUUUCAAUAGUCCCAAUAAUUUCAACAACCCCGGCAAUUUUAACAAUCCCAACAAUUUUAACAACCCUAACAAUUUUAACAACCCUAACAAUUUUAACAACCCUAACAAUUUUAACAACCCUAACAAUUUUAACAACCCCACCAAUUUCAACAAUCACAAUAAUAAUACAAUAGUUACUAGCCCAUUUAAUAAUAAACCAUUCUCGAAUAAUACUAUUAAUAAAAGUAAUAGUAGUUUUUUUGACAAUUUUAAUAAAUCAAAUACAAAUGUAACAGAAAAUAAAAAUGAAAAUGAUCAAGAUGAGGAAGAUGAAGAAGAACCUCCAUUACUUGAAGAGCUUGGGAUAAAUUUCGAUUUAAUCUCAAAACGAAUGAAAUCCGUUUUUACUUUUUAUAAAAUCGACCAUACCUUAUUUGAAAAUUCUGAUUUAACAGGCCCUUUACUUAUUAUUUUGUCUUUAGGGUUUAUUUUAUUAUUGGUAGGGAAGGCAUCAUUUAGUUAUAUUUAUUUAAUCGGAAUUGUUAGCAGUCUGAGUAUGUAUUUAUUGCUAAAUGUGAUGAGUCAAAACGCAACUUUAGAUCUAUAUUGCACAAUAAGCAUGCUUGGGUAUGCCUUACUCCCGUUAGUUAUUUUGUCAUUUAUUUCUAUUCUUAUUAAUUUAAGGUCAAAGAAAGGAUAUACUAUUUCAUUUUUUUGUAUAUUGUGGUCUGCCUUAACGGCAUCAAAAUUUUUUGAAGCAGCUCUCCGUAUGAAUAGUCAAAGAUAUUUAAUCGCAUAUCCUAUAUUUUUGUUAUAUUCAUGUUUUGCAUUAAUAAUAAUUUUUUAA